AUGAGCGCACUUGAACGAUUCGCACGGCGAAAUUAUAGUACGAGGUCACGCCGUGAGGGAACGCUCGGGAAGUCGAGACCAGCACCCAUCCAAACCCUAGAAGUUGGCUACCCUAAGUCGUCUUUAUUUGACAGACCCAAGGAUAUUAUCAUGAAUCAACUCUUGACCCCGACUAUACGGCACUUCAGCUUUGAUGGAGCUAGUAUUCCUUUCUCGAAAAAGUCACCUUGGCCCAGAAUGCAAUCAGCCGAAUCUUUACAAUCAGAUGAUCCCGGAGAAACUGAAUGGGACAAGUCGGCACUACAAGAUCUGUCCAACUCGAUCAGGGCUUCGAUAAGGCACGACGAGAGCAUCGGUCCCGAUACCAGCAAACUCAGCGUCUUCCUCGAAAUAGUCCUGAAGGACGAGGAACGCAGACACCCGACAAUGGGUUUCGAGACGAUCGAGCAUGCGCGCCUUGACAAGUUACUAGAUGAGUUGAUACAAUUCGCUGGGUUGAUGAAAGCAGCGAGCUGUUCCGUCGAGCUGCCUCUAAGGUUCCGGGUUGAUAUCGCGCACUGUAAGAAGUUGCGUGUGCUCUGGAGACAUCGCUUUCGGGAGCAGUAUGCCUUGAUCGACCAAUUUAGAUGCGCCUUAAUGGUCAAAGGAGGCCGGUUGAAACAAGGCUCUUCAUCUUCUGAUAUGAUCUAUGACCUCGGGCUGUGGCAAACGGAUACAAUGACCAAUCUAGUUGGCGAGGUCGAGGGUAACCAGCAGUUUGAAGCUGGACAUUGGUGGCUGAACAACGUAUGCGCACAUAGAGAUGGCAUAGUGGGUUGCCCGCUCGAAAGACCAACCAGUGGCCGAUACGGAAUUACAGCUCUUCCAUUGCUCACUGGACGCGAGGAGCUAAUCCGCCGAGGUGAACAGCAUGUCAUCAAAUAUAUACGCGAGGGCAGCCGUUCUGGUGACAUGCACAUACCCAUAAUCUCAGAGGUUGGGCGGCAAAUCCGUGUAUUGAGAGGAUACAGACUGAAGAGUAUAUUUGCGCCGGAAGCUGGUGUGCGUUAUGAUGGGUUGUAUAUUGUUCGACAAUAUGGGACAAAAUUGAACGAAGUCAUGAAUAUACACAGGCUGGUGUUGACCUUGGAAAGAGUUCAGGGCCAGGAGACAAUGGAGUGCUUAAAACGGAUACCCAAGCCAUCGCAGCUCGACGAUUGGAAACUGUACGAGAAACUCGAAGGUGACAAGAUCAAAUUAACAGAAGGCGAAGCAAAGUUCUUCGAUUGGACGGUCGAGCGGGAAGAAGAGAGGCUAGAUCGAGCGGACUAUGUACGCGACCGCCAGUUCCGAGCCUCGUUCUCUUGGAAGUUGGAAUGA